AAUAAACAAUCAAACACAUUGUGUCACAUUUCGGCAUCACACUUCAUCCAAAUUCGAUUUCGUGUCAGUUAACGCCACAAUAAUGCCGCGAUUGAGUGCUGACGAACCGCGAAGGCUAUUCAAACCGAAAGAAGCCUUUGGAGAUCCAAAUGAAGCGUUUGAAAUGGAUACGGAAGAGAUAAACACUGUUCCAGUUCCAGACACACACUGGCUUGAAGAAAAAAUGACAGCUAUAUUCACUGUGGAUGGCCUUGCUUAUGAUGCUACUCUUGACAAUGAAACUCUCACUUUUAGCAAGGUGGAAGGCCAGGGAAAGAGUAAUAGGGGUUCAAAAUUCAAGAAAAAAAAAGCAGCGGAUGAUGUAAAUUAUAUUUCUCUCAAAAAUGUUUACGGUGUUACCGUAAAACGUACAAAGAAUGCAAAAAAGUCAGAUACUGAAGGUGUGGGCGUUUGUGAAGGAAUGAUCGUGUACACUUAUGAACGCAGCGGGAACAAGUUUAAGGAGAAUGCAAUCUUCUUCCAGCAUCCCAGUGAUGGUUUGUGUGGGAAAUGGGUCGAGAGGAUACAGAAAACAAUCCAAGGUUACGGUGAACGACCCCAGAACCUCUUCUUCAUAUUACAGCCGUUUGCGGGGAAGAAAAAUGCCCGGUCAUUGUACAAAAUGCACUGUGAGAAUAUCUUCAAACUGAAUCAUGUGAAAGUGGAAUACAUUGAACUAGAACAUAAUGAACAUGUAAAACAGCUGUUUGCUCACAUGAACUUCGAGGAUUAUGAUUGUAUAUGUGUGAUGGGUGGAGAUGGCACAGUUAACAAAGUGGUUCACAAUGUAUUGAAUAAGGUGCAAGAGUUGGAGAAUAGAGAAAAGAGGAUGGGCUUCACCCCUGCCAAGUGUACACUGCCUAUUGCUAUCCUACCUGUUGGCACGACCAACUCAAUAGCUCAUUCAGUGAUGGGGACUGAAGAUGUCUACACAGCCAUGGUGCACAUGAUCAUGGGGCAUAAACGCACAGUUGACAUCUCGGCCGCAUUCUGUCAGGAGGAGUUCCACCACUGGGUCUUCCAUUCUCAGUACGGUUUCCAUGGCAAUGUCCUAAAGUACAAGAAGCGGUACAAGUCAGUUGGGCCCAAGGCUAUGGAAGCAGCCUAUAUCAAGUCACUUACAAGGGCCAAGUUAAUACCCUACGAAGUUGAGAUCAAGUACCUGCCAGCUGAUACAGGGCCAGAGAAGGACACCAGUCACCCAAGAGAUGAAGUCAUCUGCAAGAUGGGGUGCAAGGUGUGCAAAGACGGCAAGUCAGAGUCUGACUCAGCGAGCGUCCAUGUGGAUGAGGUGAUGGAGUUGGAUACUUUGGGAGAUUCUGGCCACAGCGAUACGCUUGUUAAGAUGAUUGAUCUGUCAAAGGAACACCGAUCAAAAUGGAAGACAGUGAAGGGUCACUACCUUAGCAUCGGUCUGUACGCCCUCCCUGGUCGAAGCGAGUUUGCCCCGGCAGGAUGUAGUAAAUACGCCCAUUUGGCCGAUGGCUGUGCUGAUUUGGUGCUAGUGAAUGGUGGUGACACAUCUAGGAAGGACUUUAUACGAUUUAUCAAACGACAUGGGUCUGCAUCGAAAAACCAGCUUGAUCUUCCUUUUGUUGAGGCUUUCCGGGUUAAGGAGGUGCUCUUCCAUCAACGCAUGGCCACGACUUGGAAACACAAGGAUCACAGCUACAGCGAGAUAGAAAAUGAAAUGAAGAAACAAGAAAAGCAUAAAAACAAGAAGAGAAACUCCAUGGUGCAAAUCAUCGAUGACUUGAGUGUGACCGACAGCUUUGAAGAUGAAGUCGAUGAGGACAGUGACAGCUCCUUAGAGAUCCCGACAAUGGAUGGGGAUGGUUGGUGUGAUGGGAAAAAUGCUCUCGGUAGUGCAUCGAGUAGUGCUAAUGGUUCACUUGCGGGAAGUGCAAAGGAUAUCAACAAAAACAGCAAGAAAGACAAGAAUGCCGAAUUAAGGCCAGGAGUGAGACUGUCGUUUCUUGAGAAAGAGCAUUUAAGACGGAAGGAGAAACGUGAAAAGAAAGAGAAGAAGUUGAAGGAGAAAGAUGAGUCUAAGACAAAGACUGUGUGGAACUUGGAUGGUGAAAUGGAGAGAGAAACUGAUCUCCAUUUUGUGGUUUACGACCAGCUCGUAACGUUUAGCGGCCUGGGCCUCUACAAGGACUCUGUAGUGACUGAGAGUAAAAUGACGUGGAUACCAGCAUUUGUUUAGCUUGCAUUAAACUUAUGGUUCUGUGACAAUUUCAUAAGGAAAUCAUUCAAUGACUUGCUGUUGUGAUGUAUUUUCUGAAAACCUAAAAGGACUAUGUUGAUUGUCUUGAUGAUAUCAUCUGUAGGAGUAUUUGCUGAGCACUUACUGUAGAAAUCCAGAGAGCAUUGGUAGAGAAUGGGAAGCAUGUAUCAAGUGUACAUGAUUGUUGUGAAUGUGAUUCCAAAAUAUGCAAAAUAUUGUGAUAUUCUUAGUCAAUGUUAAUAGUGGUGACCGCCUGUACAUGUAUUAUAGCUGUAUAUUGGUCAUGUAAUGAAUAACUUUGUUCAUCUCGAAUCGGGGUUAGAACAGUGGUGCCUGGAGAGCAAUGAAUUAUCAACUCUUUUAGCUUCGGAAUGAAAUUCCAACUUUUGCGCAUAAUUUUCCACGAACCACGGUUAAUCAUACUCCAACAUAACCAUACUCCUACUCUUUACUUUUUCUAGGGUUUACGAGAAGUUGUUGACAGUCUGUGGAUUCGGUUGCUAUGACGAUGCAGAAGCAGGCAAGAGUAAAAUGCCCAUGUUUGUCACUUAGUGCUAUCUUUGGUAACUCGUCAUCCAGUUUUGCCACUAUAUGUGUGUGAUCUGAUUCUUUGCUUUGAAGUCGCAUGUAAAAAAAUGAUUGUGAUGUCCAAGUUGACUUGUUCAAAGACAUUGUACAUGUACAUGUACAUUAGAUAGUCAUGUAUGUUGUGGUAGACCGAAGUUUAUUGGUUGAGAAAAGUCGAUGUAGAACCAUGUUAAAGAGUAUUUCUAGAUACCGUUCCUGUCUGGUGCUUGUUGUGUUGUAAAAUGCCUUUGUUGGCUUCACUCAGUUGGAACUUUUAGUCUCAAAACCUACGCCUUUAUCAACGAUUCUCCAGCGACACUCUUUGAUAACCUGCAGAGGUACUGGAGUUGGUAAACUUCCAGAAAAUAAAACCAUGCACUGAUUUAUUUGUAAUAAAUAUUCAUCCAAACUUACUCAAAACUUUGAUAAGCAGUAUUUUAACUUUAUUGCCUAUAAAGCAUGCAUUUUUGUAGCUGAUUUCUUCUAGAAAAAGUAGAGGCACCUUUUAGAAUAUCUAAUGUAGUGUAAUGUUCUAUGUCAGAUGUUUUUAGAUACAUAUACAAGGGUCACAUUUUAUACUUACUGUAUGUUUGUCAUUGAAAGUUAUUUCUUGCCAUUAUUUGUAAUAGGAUUUUAAACACUUUGUGUAGGAAUGGGAAAUCCAUAAUAAAUGUAUGGUGCCUUUUUUGCUGGUUAUAGCAGAUUGUUGUAAUUGAUGCUGUGGUUUUUGGUGAGCAUGUCUACAUCAUUCAUGGCCAGAGGUCUGUGGUUCAUGUGCUGUGACUGGGAUCACCCUGAAGAAAGGUUCUGUACAUGGUCGUGAAUGUCCUGACAACAUACGUACGUAGGCACUAACUUUUUUCAUGUUGACUAUGCAGGUGUUUUUACAAAUCCAGUUCAUUCCACGAUGUGAAUGGCUCAUUUGGAUCUGAUCAUUAGUGUGUCCUUAAACUUGCACCAAUCUUAUCUACCUGAUUGUUUCCGUCCAUGAUCCAUCCUGUUUUACAUGUACCAUUGGAUUUACGUUUCUGUAGUUAUUGCGCUUUUAGCAGUCUGAACUUGAUAUAAAGUGACUCAGUACACAGGUCAGCCAUGAUGUUGGCUUUAGCCUUCAGUAAUUCUCCUUGUGUAUAAAGCGUCCUCUCUCACUCUGUACAAACACAAGUUUACAAAAUAAAGUAUUUUUCACAAACAA